AAGCUGAGACAUUGUUAACGUGCUGGAAGUCUCUAGGGGGCGUGGUCUAAACAGAGUUACGUAACAGAAGAGAGAACGUGACCACGUUGAACACUUGAGUCCGUCGUCCAGGGUGACUAAGACGAGGCGUUCGUUCGUCUCUUGAAUUUUUCACAUACCGAACCUCUGACACCUGGAGAGCGCAGGUGAGCACGCGCGUGACAAACAGACCGACCUCAGCUCGCGGGCUCGUGUUCAUGGAAGGCGGACGGAGGAGCACAUUUCCACGGCGCUGAGGAGAAGAAUGUGAAGAAAUGUGCUCCACGGACGGCAACGCGGAGCUUCAGCCGGCUCCGUCGGACCCGGCUCUCCUCCUGGAGCUGAAGACCAGGCGUCCUCCGUCGCUGCUGGAGCUGGCGGGAUGCGAGACGUGGAGCGUGGACUUUUCCCCGGACGGCGCGUGGUUCGCCUGGUCCAUGGGACACGGCAUCAUCUGGGUCGUCGCCUGGCCUCUCGACUCUCAAGAGGGUCAGAGCGAGACGACGGACCGAGGAGACAAAAGCUUCAGCUGUGGUCAGCCGGUGUGGGGACUGGCCUUUGGGCCCAGGCCCCACUCGUCAAAACGCACCACAAAAGGGAAGAACCCCCUGCUGCUGGCCACGGGCUUGGAGAACGGCGUGAUCAAGAUCUGGAACGUCCUGACAGGCCAUGCUGUGUUUGAUCUCCGGGGGCACGAGGGCGUGGUGAGGGACCUGGUUUUCCCUCAGAACGGGACGCUCACCCUCAUCUCAGCGUCACGGGAUAAGACUCUGAGGAUUUGGGACCUGGCUCACAAAGGGAAAAAAGUCCAGGUGUUGUCGGGUCACAAAGACUGGAUCAACAGCUGCUGCGUGUCGCCAGACUGCAGCAUGAUUGCGUCCGUCGGACGAUUCGACAGGAUGGUGUGUCUGUGGAGUCUGCGGUCCUACACCUUCAUCAGGAACCUGACGGGAGGAGCUCACAAGACCCUGUGCCUCCUGUCGUCCUGCGACUUCUCCCCGGACGGAGCCGUGCUCGCCACCGCCGCCUUCAGCGGCUCCGGCUGGUACAUCGACCUCUGGGACCCGUACACGUCGGAGAAACUGGCCACUCUGGCGGACUACUUUGACGUCUACGGGCAAAACCAAAUCUCUGCAAUACAGUUUUCUCCCAGUGGUUUACACCUGGCCAUCGUGACGGACGACAGAGCGCUCAGGAUCUGGGAGCCGGGGGAGAGACGGAUGACGAUGCAGACCAGGAGGGACAGAGACUCCAACGGACUGUGCUGCAACUACCAUCCACAAGGGGGCGUGGUCGCCACAGGAACCCGGGACGGCCACGUUCGGUUCUGGAGGGCGCCCGUGAGCGUCCCCAGCCUGUGCCACCUGUGCCGCUCCGCCCUGCGCUUCUCCGUCUCCACGCAGCAGAUCGAGGCGCUGCCCCUCCCCAAGCGGAUCGUGGAAUACCUCACCUACAAAAACAUCCCCGAACGCCUCAGGAACUGCGGCUCCUCGUCCUCCUCCGACGAAGAGGAGGACUGGGAGUCUUGAGGAGCGCGCCGCACUCUCAUCUCAAAAGGCCUUUUGUUGGUUUUCUGACAGAAAACUCCCACAUAAAAAAACAGAAGUCCACUCACGUAUUCUACUUUAAAUAUAUAACUGCACUAAGAAUUUCAUUUAUUGCACUACCACUUUAAGAAGCAUUUACUAAAUGUUCUGCUAAUUUAACUUGAAUAUCCCCGUUUUUUACGUCUAAUUUAUUUUGUAAAUAUUUGUUUAAACCCUUUGUUGUAGUAGGAGAGCAUGAGCGCUUCUGCAGAACCUGCACAAACUGGAUGAAGGAAAGAAAAUAAGGAUUAAAAUGAUUAAAACACUAA